AUGAGCGGAGUAAGUGAUAGCGAGAAGGAAGCGGUCUUGUCGGCGACCCAGGCAGCCUCGAAACUAUGGAAGGAUUCCUUCAAUUCGGGCAAUGCCGCCGGAUGUGCGGCGCAGUACGAAAGCACCGCCCUCAUGGAAGCCAAACCAUUCGGGACAUUCAAGGGAACCGAAGAGAUUCAAGGCUUUUGGCAAAAACUCAUCGACGAUGGAUUUUCCGAGGUCGAGUAUGUGGAAGCAACCAAGUUGGAAGUCGUCAGUGCCGAUAGCGUUGUUCUGUCAUCCAAUUGGAAAAUGAACAAGGCCAAGGGUGUCAUUACCAAGGAAUUGUGGGUCCUGCAAGGAGAUGGAACUGCCAAACUGAGAGAAGAUCACUUUGAAGCGCAGGGAUAGAUACUGUAGCUACGGAUGCCGGACCGGAUAAACAGAUGGAAGCCUCUCUACCGCGUCAAUUUAUGCCCUAAGGCGUAUGAUAGCUUAUUAUUU